AAGCUGUUGCGGCUCGUUACUUAUCUUAGAGGAAACUGGUAGGCCAUGCUAAAGUUUUGCAUGGUUUCAUGGACAUCUAGACAGUAAACACAUUAUUGGUUUGUAGAUUUCAUCAGGCUCAGAGCAGCAUGUCUCUUGUACAGUUUCCCCAAAAGACUGGACUGCCAAGAGAAGUCGUGAAAUGGCUGCAAAGCCUCGACUUGUCAUUUUAUCCGAAGAAUGUGCGCAGAGAUAUUUUAUCAGUAUUACCCCAAAGACUUUCCAGUGCAUUCAUAUGACAAAGGAACAUCCCUUUCUGCCAAACAGAGGAACUGGAGCCAUAUAGAGAGGACUUUACAGAAGCAGAAUCUACACUUGAUGAAGGAGGUCAUUGAUGGAACCGUCCACUGUAAACCAGGAGCAGCUGAGCUGUUGGUGCAGGAGGUUUAUACUAUUUUAACUAAGCAGAGUAUCAGCGAUGUUAUGGACUCAAAGACAGACUUCACUAACAAAGAGUACCAGGGGCUUCUGCCCACACUGGCCCGGUCCAGUGCCACCAAGGCCAUCAAAAACAACCUGAGGAUAACAGAGAUCAUGGCUGAGCCUGACAUUAGCCCAAACCACAGGAAGGCAGAAGUUGUACUCCAUCAGCGCCUGGAGCUCAAGGCUGCAGAUAAGGUUCUCAGCCCUGGAUUUUUUAAAGUGAAGUCUAAUCUGGGUCAGCUGGCGGUCAAAAAUCUUGUGCAAUCCAUCCGCAGUGAUGAGUGCUUUGACAGCCAUUCAUCUGGAGACACUACAUCACAGUUGUGCUCCUCAUCAACGUGGAGUGGAGCUGUUGUUUCCUUGAAGGAGAUAAAGGUGUGCCAGCCUGUCAAACGCUCCCUGGUUAACUAUUAAAAGUAAUUGGAUGGAGAUCUGUGCCCUAUUAUUGUUUUUUCAUUAUUCAAAGCAUAGCCUUAAUUAUUUUUCCACACAAUCAUUUACAAGAGUAUAAUUUGUUUUGAAAGACAAAUGAUAUCACAGUUUGUUGUGGCUUAUGUAAUGUUACUGUGGCACUACCAUCACGUUUGAGCUACAUCUGUCCUGACCAGUAGGUGGCAGCAUUGAGUCAUAAACAGAGCUCCCCUCAAUGGCUUUUGAAACGAAGUCCACUGCUGUAGGUGUACCAUUGACAAAACAAGAAAAAUAAAUUCAGUGUAUGCAGCAAAAA